AUUUGCAUUCAUUUAAUUUUCUCCCUAUGCAUCGAUGAUGAAAGCAACAUUUGGGUUGCAGCUAAAGGUGGUCUAUUUAAAUUCGAUCGCGAUGGUAAAAAAGUAUUAUUUGAGCGAAAGAAUCCGUUUCCGAAAAAAAUAUCACCUUAUUGUCAAGUAUUGUACUGUAGAGGAAAGAUAAUAUUUGCAUUUGCGGAUGAUAAAGCGGCAUUAACAGAGCUGAGGAUAUUAAAUUUAUCGGGUGAAAUUUUGAGUGAGCAGUUUAUCGAUGGUAAAGUCCAAAGUCUCACUAUCUCGAAUAAUGGUAAAUUCUUUAUAACAAAGCAACUUCAAGGCGAGGAUUCUAUAAUCUAUAUGUCACAUAUUGAUCGCCCGAUAAAUUGGGAGGAAAUGAUUUCGGAAGAUGAAUUCGUUUUUCAAGCGAUUUGUGCAGUAGAUUCAAAUACUUUACUUGCUGCUACAUGCACAAUUCCUGUUAAUAUGUAUUCCAACAAACAAAAAAUUAUAAAAACCUUCUGUGAAUCUGGAAAAGAAAAUGGUCAGAUUUAUUUCCCUCGAUCGAUACAGAGAUAUAAAGAUGGUGUAUUAGUUUUGGAUAAAACUGGUAGGAUUCAAAGAUUUAAUUUGGAUGGCAAAUUCAUUUCUAUAUCUGCGCAAAUAGAUGCUUAUCUUGGAAACGGUUUCAUAGUUGAAGAAGAUCAGGCAAUAAUCGCCUGUUCCGGUAUUGUUUUAGACAAGGAUAAUAAAACGAUUUGUGACGACUGGUUGGAAAAAAUAAAGUUGGAUGGUAGCAAAUGGACGCCAGCUGACCUUAAAUCGUAA